AUGCUGCGGCACGGCUCGUCAGGGUCCGUGGAUACCAACGGGGCAAGGAUGCCUGAAUUCUACCGCAGCGCUGGCUUCGACACAGACGAUGGCGAUAAAGUGAAAAUUGGAGCCGGAAGCUCAGUCUCGACCGGUAAGGAGACCCGGACCUGGCUCGCAUGGCGGGCGAAAGGCCAGUUGACUCCCGGGGAUCCAUUUUACAAAAACUGGCGAGAGGCUGGAAUCAGCGAAGAGGAGACGCGAGAGACUUUAGAUGCUGUGCAAGCAUGGGCUGACACCGAAGAUGCUUGGCUUGCGUCGCUGCAGUGUGAGAUGCUGGCGUGGAAGUAG